AUGUGGCGUGCGGCUUCUGCAAAGAACUGCCAGAGGGGUUUCACCGGCUUCUGCACCAUCGUCAACCCCGGCUUCGCGGGUGGCGCGUAUGGAUAUGUGGCAAUGGGACCCUGGCGCGGCGGGCAGGCCGAGUACCUGCAAGUACCCCACGCCGACUUCAACUGCCUGCCCCUUCCUGCCGGCGACGUGUUCGAGUCCGACUUCGCGAUGCUCGCAGACAUAUUCCCCACCGGCUAUCACGGCGCGGAACUUGCUCAGGUCAGCCCAGGCGAGAGCGUCGCCGUCUUCGGCUGCGGCCCCGUCGGACUGAUGGCAGCUUAUAGCUGCGUCAUUCGGGGCGCGGCGGCAGUCUACGCCAUCGACCAUGUGCAGGAGCGUCUGGACAAGGCAAGCGAGAUUGGAGCAAUAGCCAUCAACUUCGACGACGGCGACCCGGUAGCGCAGAUAAGAGAGAUGCGCGGGGGCGACGGCGUGGACAAGACCAUCGACGCAGUGGGCUAUCAGGCAGCGGCGCAAGGCUCUUCAGCCGCCGGCGGCGAACAGGAGGAGGUGCCGAACGUCGUUCUGAACCAGAUGAUUGACGUUAUCAAUCCCACCGGAAUCAUGGGCAUCCCCGGCCUGUAUGUUCCGUCCGACCCCGGCGGAGUGGACGAGGGCGCAAAGCGUGGCUCGCUCUCCAUCAACUUCGGCAGACUCUUCGAGAAGGGACUUCGUCUUGGCACGGGCCAGUGCAAUGUGAAGCGCUACAACGCCUACCUGCGCGACCUCAUCGCCGCUGGCAAGGCUACCCCCAGUUUCGUGGUCUCCCACGAGGUGUCGCUCGACGAUGCCGUUGACGCCUACGACAAGUUCGACAAGCGCAUCGACGGCUACACCAAGGUCAUCCUGAACCCAUAG